AUGGCUUGUGGUAUCUGUUUGUCUGAGUUCAAGGGUCCCGUUAUGUCUUUACCUUGUGGACAUCUUUAUUGUGAAGAAUGCAUCACUCAGCACGUUAACCUGCGUUCAGACAGUGUUGGUAUGACAUCGACGUGUCCAGAGUGUCGAAGCGAUUUUCCUUUGGUGGUUCCUGAUCUACGAUUUCUCCCAAAACAAUACCAUGCCUUUGUCUCUCACUCUCUUCGCCGUGUUUAUAUCAGCCCAACCUCCCAAACUGACGCUGCCGCCGCCUCUGCUGCUGAAAUAGAGCACCUGCAAAACGAACUGGAAAAAGUAUACAAGAAGCUCGCGGACCGGAAGAAAAGAGAACAAAACCUCAUGGCUAGCUAUGACCGUCUUCAGGCGACUAUGCAUGCGCACCGGACAGGGGAGGCGGACUUACGUGACCAUGCUAAUGAACUCGAGGAGAAGCUAGGAGAUUUGGAAAGCGAAUUCCAGGAAUACAUCGGAAGUGCUCGCAAGACAAUUGAUGAUGUAAAAGCAGAGAGGGACAGUUUGAAGACGGAGAAUGAGAGGCUGGCGGAGAUGAUGCAGGAGAUGGAGGAAAGGCUCAGGCACUCUGAUGCUCGUCGAAUCAGCGUCGAGGAGGGGCUUUGCAGCGUCCUGCGCAAAGAACGAGCGUCAUCGGCACAAAGCUCCCCUUCAAACAGUCAUGACAUGUCCUAUCCGCGCUUGCGCAACGCUGUAUGGGAACAAUCUAGUCCCAAUCGCGAUCGAACUGGGACAUGGCAAGAACGCGAGACUAUUUCACUUGCACAUGUAUCUGAUUUGUCGGUGUCAACCGUUACAGAGCAAAGGGUUAUUAGGCCCAUCCCUCGCAGACACCGUCUAACAAGGAGCCAAGAAGUGGACGUUUCAGUAUCCAUUAGCAGCGUCAGCAAGCGGGCAAGAGUCAGAGGUUAA